AUGGUGCUCUACCAGCGGAUCGAGAGUCGCAAGCUCCAAUGUCCCGGCUACGAUAAGGGCCUGAGAUGGGAUCAGGGAGUCGCGAGUCGAGGAAAGCUCAAAGGGCAGUCCCAGCCAGUCUCUAAAGCUGUCACUCAAGAGCCUUCAUGCAAGGUAGAGUCGAGACCUACGGGACAAACACUAUUGAGUACCAUUGCUCUGGGCCAUUCUGCAAGCCCAUGCCAGAAUGUGGUAGAUGCUCCCCUUAAAAAGACUCAAUUCGAGGACUACGAAAUUCAUCGGUCCUUCCUGGCUCAAAGCCAGACGUCCAUGCUACGGCAAGAACGAUGGCUUGCCAGUCAACUCGUGUCAAGCAAUAUGUCGUGUCGUCUCCAAAACCACUAUCAAGACCAAGUUGCACCAAAGCUACAGUGGAUUGAUGCUCCUAGUAAUCCAUGGCGGGCCGUUCUGCUCCCUCUAUCUCGGUCUUCGGCAGCUCUACAGUUUGCCAUUUUAAGUUUCUCUGCCACUCACCUGUACGUGACGUCUAUGAUUCGAAGUCAGCAAUCCAACGAUAUGCACGACCUACUUUGCCAUCUGCGCCUCAAAGCUACAGAGAACCUCAACGCACAAAUCAAUCGCCAAUUAGGUCAACGGUACGAGACCACUAAGCCCAAAGCGUCUCCAAUCAUCGAAAUCAUCGCGACUAUGCUGGUGUUGUGUCACAUAGAAAUGCUGAUGCCAGGCUCAAAAGACUGGACCCUGCAUCUACGAGCCUGCCGCGAAGUCUGCGACCAUGAGAGACAUUCCCUACAUCUGUCCAGGGUUGCAGAACCGAUCAUGGACUUCUUUGAAAAGGCACUGGCCGAUCUCGAGGCCUUCGAGAGCCCGUCUUCAUUCAUGCUUGAGUCGGAUGCGUCAAAUUGCGUGCUUACGCAGCCCGCACCCCGGGAUAGAUUUUGGAUCUUCCUGGCUGUGGUGCGAGAAGUUACCUUCACGGAGAGACAGCGCUACACCAAGUCUAUCCAAGGGCGCAUGAAUCCAGAAGUCGAUAUGCGUUUCUGGUUAGAUAAGGUCAACCGAGCCAGAUCCUUGGCUUUCUCACAUCCUUCGUUCACAUUGGACAGUUUGCAGCACUUACGCGGAGUGUUCCGCAUGGUAGCAAACGCCCACUACUAUGCCGGGCUAGUCUACGCAUAUCAAGCCCUUACGCCACCGACUGGAGACACAUAUUUCGUGCGGUCUUCAGUCGACAGCCUGUUCUUCGAACUUCAAUCAAUAGUGGAAGGAGAAAAACGCAACUUUGACCAUGAUCUCUUCUGGCCGUUAUUCAUUGCCGGCACCGAGUCUGGCUCCGACAAGCAUCGUCAAGGCUUGGUCCAGAGAUACUAUCAGCAUCUCAUGGCCUCAACAGGCUUCUGGUGCAACGCCGAGGCCUUGAGUUUCCUGGAAGAGUACUGGGCAGCAGAUAUGAUUCCUUAUGAUAAUUGGAUACGUUAUGCCCGGAGCCGUCGAACGGCAAACGAGUCGUUCCUGGUUUACUAA